UUGCGGCGCGGGCCCUUUUUGCAGCAGCAACAACAAGAUUCAGUCCCAAGAUGAAACAAGUUUUCAUUAGAGGGGCCUAUUUGGGAAUUGGAAUAGUAAGUGGUGUAGUAAGUAAAAGUAUAUUCGACAGACUAAGCUAUAAAGAAGAAGACAUUUUAUCAAGGUCUGAUUCUAGAGAUAUCGCUGGAAGGUAUGGAUUUCCAAGCCGGACAGAGGCGUUAAGGUACAAGAACUAUGUGGUUGGUUAUAACAGUUGUCAUAAAACCCCUGCUUGGGUAUUUCAAACUUUGACUCGAAAAAACUUAAGUGGUGAUGCAAAAAGGGACACUUGUGCAUUUAAAAAAGACACCAGAAUUGACAAAAAAUUCUCAGCUAGUGAUGAAGAUUACAUAAAAAGUGGGUUCUCCAAGGGACACAUGGCACCUGCAGGUGAUUACAAGUCAAGUCAGACUGAAAUGGAAGAAACUUUCUAUUUCACAAAUGUUGUUCCCCAGAAUUUUGCCAACAAUUCAGGACUUUGGUUAAAACUUGAGAGGUUUUGCAGAAAGCUGACAAAGAAUUAUUCAAAAGUUUAUAUUGUCUCUGGACCUCUUUUUCUAGCAAAAAAUAGCCCAGAUGAUGGAAGAAAAUUCAUAAAAUACCAGGUCAUAGGUCCAAAAGAGGUUGCUGUUCCUACUCAUCUUUACAAGGUCAUCAUGGUUGAGAAGGAAGGGAAGCCUGUUGCCAUUGAAGCAUUUGUGGUUCCAAAUGUGCCAGUUUCAGAUUACAAGAACCUCAGAGAAUUUUCUUUCCCAUUAGACACUUUAGAAACAAAAUUAGGUUUUACAAUUUUCCCAAAAUUAGCAAAAGAAGCUUUGUCUCGAUUAUGUGAUAUUGAGAAGUGUCAAUUGCUAUCAAAGGAGAUAAUAGACAUGAAUAAAAUUGUAAAGUCAGUCUGAAGGACUUAAUGGGGUUUGAGCAACAUAGAAACUUGUCUUUUUAAUCAAAAAUUAAUAUGGCUCUAUCUUGCAUAAUCCCCUUUUUGUUUCAGAAAGUGUGUCAUGCACUGGAAGCAAAGUUGUAAGACCAAAGUGAGGAGAAGAUUGUCAAUCCUCUAUUUGAAGUCUAAUCACCAACUAGGAGUGCAAAAAACAGAAAGUUUGCCCAAAAUGUUUAUUUAUGCACACUGACUUUGCUCUUUGUUUGCAAAGACCUCUUUGCACAGGAAAAACCAUUGUCCUCUAAACCCUUCCCUCAUCUCAUCAUUCCACCUGAUUUAGGUUCACUGUAAGUUAAUUCACUUUGGUUUAGCCUAUGUCGUAAUCUGAAAAACUUCUACCAUUGCACUUUGUUGCUAAAUCUUGGUUGACUUUUUAGUCGUGAUUUGCAAAGGCUCUUUGUUGCUCAAGCCCUUUUCAAUUAAAUCUUUAACAAAUUCCCUUGUGCUUUCAAUCCUACAACUUUAAACCUAUGUAUUUUAUAAAAAUUUUAUUGGAAUUG